AUGAAGAGUGAUAAUAAGAGAAGACCUUUCAAGUUCUAUAAUUGUAUGGCUGAUCAUCCAGAUUUUGAGCAGUUGGUGGAAAAUAACUGGAAGAGGAAAGCAGGGACAAUGGAAGAUAUAUGGCAGAAUUUGAAGAGUAAAGUAAACAGUAUCAGAGAAGGGUUGUUAGAGGUACAAGGAAGAAUGAAGGAUCAUAGUACACCUUCAAGUCUAUUUGCAGAGGAGAAAGAAAUGAUACAGCAGCUGGAGAAAUGGGAUAAAAUUGAGGAAUCAAUUUACAAACAGAAGUCAAGAAUACAAUGGCUUCAGCUGGGGGACAACAACAAUGCCUAUUUCUUUGCAAGUAGGAAAGGAAGGAAGGCCCAGAAUCAAAUCAAUAAGCUCAUUGAUAGCAAGGGUAACACCUUAACUGACUAUCAAGAGAUUAAAACUGAAGUGGUUGAGUUCUAUAAGAAUCUGCUGGGUACUACAUGUGGAAGUAUGCCUGCCAUACAUCCUGGGAGGAUAAGAAAUGGCCCAAUGAUAAGCAGGCAGCAACGGUUGGAACUUAUAGCUCCUUAUACAAAGGAGGAUGUAUAUGAAACACUUAAGAGUAUUGAUGAUAUGAAGGCUCCUGGGGGAGAUAGUUUUAAUGCCUGUUUUUUAAGAGAACAUGGAAGAUAA